CAAGCAACGAGCCAACGAAUCGCGUGCCGUGCCGGUGGCCUUCCCCUUUCGAUUCGCACUCUCUUCCUCCCUCCCUCCUAGUGCCCUCACCCCACCACCCGCGCAGAUCGCCGCGUACCAGCACAGGGAGAGAGAGAGAGAGAGAGAGCGAACGCGGGUUUGCCUCCCAUGGAGAAGGGGGACGGGCCCGCCCUCCAGCCUCUGCUGUGCCUCGCCUGGCUCGCCGCCACGCUCCCCAUCCUCGCCGCCGCGCUCCCCAUCCCCGCGGCCGCCGGCGGCCGCCUCCUCCACAGCCUCCUCGCCGCCUUCUCCUCCCGCGGCAAGACCGUCAGGCCGUCCUCCUCCUCCUCCAAGGCGAAGUUCACAGUUCCACAGAAGUACUUCUUGCAUUUCUAUGUGGUGGGAGUGGCGGUGACAACAAGCUUGCUGCUUGCAAUAUGCUUCUAUGCAUAUAUGGAAAUGACACCGCUGUUGCCAGAGCCAUCGAGUUACUCCACAAUCGCUAGUCAUCUUAUUGGGUCAAAUUCGUUCUCUUUUGGCAGUGUCCUGUCGCGCACCAUGGAACACAAGUAUCGUGUCUGGCGGACUGUCUUUGUACUUCUACUGAUGGAAAUUCAGGUGCUGAGACGCCUGUAUGAGACUGAAAAUGUGUUUCACUACAGCCCAUCAGCUCGGAUGCACAUUGUAGGAUAUCUGACGGGUCUAUUCUAUUACACGGCCGCACCUUUAUCUCUCGCUAGCUCUUGUCUUCCUGAAGCAAUAGAUUUUAUCCGAGGUCAAAUAGUUGAGUUCAUAGUAAAGGGUCGUGCAAGAAUGCCAGACCUAGUCAUUGAUUCACCCUCUCUCCUAAAGCCUCUUUUAAAGUUGGGGUGGUGCCAGUGGAUAGGUGCUAUUAUAUUCAGUUGGGGAUCCCUCCAUCAGAUCCGUUGUCAUGCAAUUCUUGGAUCGUUGCGCGAAAAUAAAGAUUCUGAUGAAUAUGUUAUUCCUUGCGGUGACUGGUUUAGUCGUGUGUCUUGCCCUCAUUACCUUGCUGAACUAGUUAUAUAUUUGGGCAUGUUGAUAGCUAGUGGUGGUUCAGACAUUUCAGUGUGGUUCCUGUUCAUUUUUGUGAUAACAAACUUGUCAUUUGCAGCAGUACAAACUCAUAGGUGGUACCUCCAAAAGUUUGAAGACUACCCCCGCUCUCGCUAUGCAAUCAUUCCAUUUGUAUUGUAGCAUCUACAAGCAUUCCUUCUGUGCAGUAAAAAUCUGUGUGUUCUGGCUGGAAUGCACAAGCCCGGCGUGUAAAAGAUAUUCAUGUAAAUGUGACAGCAUGUAAGUUAAAAUGUUGUGUUGUGUGACUUGAAAUGCUUACAAGUGUUCUA